AUCUCAUCCAGCAAGCUGGACACCGCAGCUUCGCACCACAACACCUCUGCCUCCACCUCCGCCCCUCCCCACAGGGAACCCUCCAAUCCACAGCCAGACUACCCCAGCGUGCACGGCCCCCGCGAAGAGCAGUAUGUGAGUGAGGUCGCGCCCCCCGAUGACGUCACCACCGUCUACAGAGAUGCCGGGACCAUCACUGAUGUGUGUAACAGUACUGAUCUUCCAGAGGUGGAGAUCAUCAGUCUGCUGGAGGAGCAGCUGCCCCACUACAAGCUGAGAGCAGACACCAUCUACGGGUAUGACCACGACGACUGGCUCCACACCCCUCUCCUCUCCCCCGACACCAACCUGGACCUCACCGUGGAGCAGAUUGAGGAGACUCUGAAGUAUUUCCUUCUAUGUGCUGAAAGAGUGGGCCAGAUGACUAAGACGUACAGUGACAUAGAUGCUGUUACUCGUCUGCUUGAAGAGAAAGAACGGGACUUGGAGCUCGCCGCCCGCAUCGGCCAGUCACUGCUGAAGAAGAACAAAACCCUCAGUGAGAGAAAUGAAUUCCUGGAGGAGCAAGUGGAGCACAUUCGAGAGGAGGUUUCUCAGCUGCGCCAUGAUCUGUCUAUGAAAGAUGAGCUUCUCCAGUUCUACACUAGUGCAGCAGAGGAGAGUGAAGGAGAUUCGUCCACCUGUACCCCCAUCCGCCACAAUGACUCCACACUGUCGGUGCCAAGAUACUUCCCCCUGGACUCACUGCAGAAGAAACUCAAAGACCUGGAGGCAGAGAACAUCUCUCUCAGAUCAGAGGCCAGUCACCUGGAGACGGAGACAGAGGAGUACGAGGAGAAGGAGCAGCAGCUGGUCAACGACGUCGUCAAAGAGCUGAGAGAUGCCAACCACCAGAUGUCCACCCUGGCGGAGGAGCUGGCGAGGAAGACGGACGACGGGUCUCGCCAGCAGGAGGAGAUCACACACCUCCUGUCCCAGAUCGUAGACCUGCAGAAGAAGUCCAAGUCUUAUACAGUGGAAAACCAAGAGCUCACCCAGCAUCUAGGGGCUGCCAAAGAUGCCCAGCGCCAGCUCACUGCUGAGCUGAGGGAGUUGGAGGAUAAGUAUGCAGAGUGUAUGGAGAUGCUCCAUGAGGCCCAGGAAGAGCUGAAGAACCUCCGGAAUAAAUCACUACCUCUCAGUACACCCCGACGCUUCCACUCCCUGGGCCUGUUCCCUAUGGACUCUCUAGCUGCCGAGAUUGAGGGCACCAUGAGGAAGGGGCUGGCUAUGGAUGACCCGGAAGUGGAAGAGCAGAAGUUGCACCCCAAGCGUGUGUUUGAGACUGUGAAAAACGUUAACCUGAUGCGUCAGCGCUCCUCUCUGGCCCCGUCUCCCAUGAACAUCCCCGGCUCCAACCGGUCGUCCUGUCUGAACUCUGGCCGCUCCAGCUGCCUGUCCACGCCCCGCUCCAGCCUGUACGGAGGAGAUAUGGGGAGCAUCCUCAUAGACAACCACACCAACAGCUUCAUACUGGAGACGCCUGACCACAGUACGGAUGACUCCAACAAGAAACCAGGGACCCCUGGAACGCCGGGCUCUCAGGAUCUGGAAGCAGCCCUGCGACGUCUCUCCCUGCGGCGGGACAACUACCUGAGCGAGCGGCGGUUCUUCGAGGAGGAGAGGGAUCGGAAGCUCCAGGGGCUGGUGGAGAAGGGAGAGGUGGACAACGGCAGUAUGACCCCCACAGAGAGCAUCAUGUCCCUGGGAGGAACCCACCUCUCUUCCAUCUGGUCUGGGUACUCCUUCAGCUCCCGCUCCUACCUGCCGGAGAAGCUGCAGAUCGUCAAGCCACUGGAAGGCUCGGCCACCCUGCACCAGUGGCAGCAGCUGGCUCAGCCCAACCUGGGUGGGAUCCUGGACACGCGGCCUGGUGUGGUCACUAAGGGCUUCCGUCCUCUGGAACUAGACCUGGAGCACAUGUACCUGUUCACUGACUUUGAGGAGGAGGACUUUGAGGUAGUGGAGGAGUCUGACCACCUGUCUGUCUCAGGCUCUACCCCCGGCUGUAGUGGCAUCUCCAUCCUCAGCCGGCAGGGCCUCCGUACCCGCUCCUCCUCCUGCUCCUCCUCCUGCAGCGGCAGAUCCAUCAACAACAACCUUCCAGAGGGAGAAGCCAGGGAAGAGGGCAAGACAGGCCCAGGCAGCACAUCACUGUCGUCCCCUGCACCUCCAGACAGCGAGAACCAGGAGAACCAGGAUCAGGCUGCAGCCGCUGACGGGGUGUCUGCCCACUUCCCUGGUAAAUGCAUGUCCAACACCAGCUCCACCUAUACCUUCACCACCUGUCGGAUCAUGCACCCCUCAGACGAGCUGACCAGAGUCACCCCCAGCCUUAUGUCGGGUCCUACUGCCUCCUGCGUCAUGACCAGCAGCAGCAGCGUCAGAUCUACCCCCUGCUCAACCCCUUGCACCCCGCGCCGCCUCAGCCUGGCAGCCGAGUCCUUCACCAACCUGAGAGACUCCACCAAGACCAUGAGCACUAGUGGAGGUCUGGUGCGGCUCCUCCAGGAGCGAGGCAUCUCUGCAGCAGUCUACAACCCUCAGAGCUGGGACCGGGCAGACUGUAGCACCUCCAUCCCCACUGGGGGGGUACCGUCGCUUCUACCGCCGCGGCCCCCUGACACCCUACCCUCCACGCCGCCCAACUCCCCAACCCACCGCUCCCUCUGUGCCAAACCCAGCAGCCCCGUGGGCCCCUUCGAACUCAGUCCCAGCGCCCCGCCCUAUGACAACUUCCUGGCAUCGAAGCCGGCCAGCUCCAUCCUGAAGGAGGUGAGGGCAGAGGCCCAGAGCAGUGAGUCAGCAGACAGGGAGUGUCAGACUGACGUCAGCGUCCACAAUCUGAAGCUGGUGGACAAGCUGAAGCGCUUCAGCGUGGUUGGGGCCGGCCCCUCUUUAUCAGGGGCCACGGGGCCCACCAUGCUGGGGCCCCUCAGCAGCCUCCACCGCCCUUCCCACUUCUGCCCUUCUGUGGUGACCAGUCCCAUAGGGGGCCUCGGCCCCGCUCUGAACACAGGCAUCCGCCGUAACCGCAGCUACCCGGCCAUGGUAGGAGCCGGCAUGGCUAUGAAGGGCCCGGGGCCCCACAGCCCCACAGACAUGCUCCUGGCUUCUUCCUCCAAACUCCCCAGACAGACUAGUCUCAAUGAUGGGUGAAUGAAUGUUGACUUUUCUCUUCUGUCUGUCACCUGUCAGAUGAGUUGGAUGUAUAUAUAUCUGCUGUAUGAGUCCCCGGUCUGUGACAAAUCAACUCUGUGCCUGAAAGAGAUGCCCUUUCUUUUUACAGUGCAUUUUGUAUCAAUGCUAAUUAUUUUGUCUUCCUUUCUUUCUUUCUCUAUUCUGUCUCUCUCUCCUCUCC